AUGACGUACCGCGGAUCCACUCACCAAAAGGCCCCCCGGUUUCGCCGGCUCCUACUGUGCUUAGCCAGUAUCCCCGAAGGCCACCACCGUCCAGCAGCCUCUCAGCCUAGGAUCCCGGGACAGCAGGCGGGCUCAGAGUGGGCGGUCCCGGGUCGCGCUAGCCCAGAGGCCGCCUUAUCUGGGCUGGGAAGGCGCGCGUCGAGGCGGAGAGACGCCCACACGCGCCGCGCAGGCUCCGCGACUAGUACAGUGGGAACAGCCCUCCCGAAAAGGGUUCGACCCUAUGUCUCCCGGAGGGCCCGGGACGCCCCUGUCCCGGAUCGCUUAGAGGCCACUGGAAUGUCCGCGCCAGCUGCGCAACCCCUAGGGACUUCCCCGGUGCCGACCCGACCCGGGGUGGCUCGCCCUGUCCCGGGGUCCCCGCCGGCUUCGGGCGCCCCGCUCUCUGUGGAGUCCAGGGUUCGAGAACCCGUGGCCGCCAGCCGCUUGGACUACCGCUGCGGCGACACCGUGUGGUCCCCGGCGCGGGCUCCGAGGAAACGGGCUCACGGCCGCACUGCGGCUCUACACCAAGAGAGAAGGGAAGAGCCCGCAACAGAAACGCAAAAAGGGGACUCGGGCUGGUGGCUGAGACUCUGGCACGCGCAGGGACCGGGGGUGACAGCCAACCCGCCGCUUCUUCCCCACACUUCCACAAGCGCCGGCGCCACUUCGGAUGUGAACUUCCAGGGAGUGACUUGCGACUACGCCAGGCAGAGAAGUUGAGUAGUCAAAGAAAACUUAUCCUGGAUAAACCGGCUGCUGGCACCUCAGCUGCCGGGGCGGGAGGCGCCCUCUGCGGGGAAUGAAGUCAUCCUGCCCUUUUCUGGGUGCGCCCAGAUAACCGAAUUCCCAAGCUCUAAGGCCUGACGACUUCCAGCUGAUUCCACCAGGUCCCCAGCUCCUGGACUCCGUGACAUUAUUCCUCGCCUCCUACCGCGAGCCUUGCUUAGGAAAAGAGAAAGUACUAGUUCCAAUCGUUCCACUAUCUAGACCCCAAAUGGUGCCGGCCUUUUUCUUGGCCUUCUUGAUGAGUUCUUUGGCCAUUAAUAUAGUUCCCGAUUCAACACGUCCACCCACAAACACUGAAAA